AUUUAGAUUUUUUGAGGGGCUCUUUUGAAAUGACUUUAAUCUCUUUGUUGGUCGUUUUGGCCGCUAUAACUAAAAGCGCUCAGCUUCCUUUUUCUUCUUGGCUGCCAGCUGCGAUGGCUGCCCCUACUCCUGUUUCUGCCUUAGUUCACUCUUCUACUUUGGUUACUGCUGGGGUUUAUCUUUUAAUUCGUUUCAGACCUGUCUUUGACGAUUGGUUGUGUAUUCUUCUUCUUGUUAUUUCCGGCUUGACAAUGUUUAUAGCAGGGUUGGGGGCUAAUUUUGAAUAUGAUUUGAGGAGGAUCAUUGCUUUGUCUACUUUAAGACAGCUGGGUUUAAUAAUUAGUGCUAUUUCUGUUGGUCUUGUUAGUUUGGCUUUUUUUCACUUGUUAACCCAUGCUUUAUUUAAGGCUCUGCUUUUUAUGUGUGCGGGCCUUAUUAUUCAUACGAUGAGGGAUUCUCAAGACAUUCGUUUUAUGGGUAAUUUGUCAGUUCAAAUACCUUUUACUUCAGUUUGUUUAGGUGUUUCUAGUUUUGCCUUAUGUGGUAUGCCUUUUCUCGCGGGGUUUUAUUCUAAAGAUCUUAUUUUGGAGGCGGCUUCUUUCAGAUAUAUUAACUUGGUGGGAUUUUUGUUGUUUUUUGUUUCUACGGGGCUGACUGUUUGUUAUUCUUUUCAUUUGUUUUAUUACGUUUUUUGUGGUGAUUUUAAUCUGUCUUCUUUCUAUAAUGUUAGUGAUGCUAGUUUCAUGAUGUUGUGUGGCAUGGUUGGCUUGAUGUUGGUUGCUGUUUUCGGGGGGAGAUUAUUGAGAUGGACGACUUUUCAUGUGCCCGGUAUAGUUUGUCUUCCUUUUUAUUUGAAGUUUUUGACUAUUUUUAUUAGCUCAUUAGGGGGUUGAAUUGGUUAUGAGUUGUCUAGGUUUAAUUUAGGGGGUUCACUAAUUUAUUUUUUCUGUUAUAGGUGUACAGUGUUUUCUGGUUCAAUGUGGUUUAUGCCUUAUUUUUCUACUUAUGGGGUGUCCUUUCGUCCUUUGUCGUUAGGUUAUUCUCUGAGGGUUUCUGAUUUUGGGUGGGCAGAGCGCUUAGGGGGCCAAGGUAUGUAUUGAUUUAUGAUAUUUUUA